CCAAGUGGUCUCCCUCGUCAAGCUGGCUGAAUACUUUUCCUCGGCCCCUUGGGGGCACGCGGUUGGAGCCACCUCAGGCUCCACUACCCCCUCCAGAUUGUCAUCCCAGAUCCGCUCAUUGACUCCCACUCCAAUGAACAAGCACGUCACCAAGUCGAUUUCGACUCCACAGCUGGGGAGAGUAGCUGCCCCAAGCCUCUUCCGCUCCGAGAGUGAGGGCAUGAACACUAUCCCCGAUCCUAGAUCGCCCACACCCCAGUCGGCACUCUCGCGAAAUGGCUCUACAGACUCGAGCAUGCACCCAGAUCUCAGCGAAGAGGUUGCGACGCUCAGCACAAAGCUGGUCAAUGCUAUCAACCACCAGACUACCUUGGAUGAUUCACUGCAACAGACAAGGCAUGAGUUGGAUGCUGCUCGGGAAAAGCUGGCACAGUUUGAGACACUGGUCAAGCAGCAUGAGGAGAUGAUGGAGAGGGGUCUGUUGGUCGACAAAGAGGUCUAUGACAAGAUGGAGAAACAGUUGUCUGGCGACCUUAUCGAGGAGAAGAGGCGCAGGGUCGAGGCGGAGAAGGCGAAGAGGAAGACGGACGCAGAGGUGGAGGCGUUGACGUCUGCUCUUUUCGAAGAAGCGAAUGGGAUGGUGGCAGCUGCGCGGAAGGAAACCGAGGCGUCCGAAAAGCGCAACGACCAGCUCAAGCAGCAACUCAACGACACGGAGCUUCUGCUGUCGUCUCACCAAGAGCAGCUGCAGGACCUCAAAGCCGUCAUGCAGCAGAUGAGUUCGGAUCGCGAUGAGAACGAAAGCAGCGCCCUUGCAACUACCACUGCUCCUUCCACCCCAGGAAUCACUCCAGCCGACAAAAUGAACAAGCUCUUUGAGGCUGCAAACUUGACCCCCAAUACGCCUGGCUCUGACGAGAUCCCUCCAGAUCACCCGCUGCAUUUCUCUCAUCUAAUUCAUCCCGUUCUCCGAUCUGACCUCCCAUCUUUCAAGGACUUUCAAGACAUGUUCAAAAUCAGUGGCCGUUCCUCGGCACCAGCAAGCCGCGUGUCGAGUGGCAACUACGGUGGCCUUAAUGUGCUUGGCCUUGGCUCGCUCACCAACAAUUCCACUCCCUCUCUUCCAGGGACCGCCAAAUCUCCAAGCUCGGGCGGCACGAAUUCCCCCCGUGACUCCCUUGCUGGUGUGGGUAUGCCGAAUCUCAAGGAUGAGAAGUUUUAUAAACGAGCGCUCACUGAAGACAUUGAGCCAACGUUACGUCUUGACAUUGCCCCCGGCCUAUCGUGGAUGGCGCGGCGCACUGUGCUUAGUAGCAUUACGGCCGGAUCACUUGUCGUAGAGCCACAUCCGCCCAUCCCGAAGUUCCGAGGUCCGGUGUUCCCAUGUUCCCUAUGCGGGGAGAACAGGAAAGGCGAACAGUAUACAAGAAAAUACAGGUUCAAAACGUCUGAAAGCGAAGAGGCGCAACGGUAUCCGCUAUGUGACUGGUGUCUUGGUAGGGUUCGGGCCACUUGCGAUUAUAUCGGAUUCCUAAGGAUGAUUGCGGCAGGUCACUGGAGAGCGGAAACUGAAGAUGAGAGGAAGGCUGCGUGGGAGGAGAGUGUGCGGCUACGAGAGCGCAUGUUCUGGACUCGGUUAGGCGGGGGUGUGGUACCCUCAUUCAUCCCUAUCCGAGAUAGCCCGCGUAGUCCGACGUUUGUAAACGGGAACGACAAAGGAGAUGGGACAAGACCGAGUGAAGAGAGCCAGGUUUCCGACGGCAGACCUCUAGACUCGGCUGUGGACAUGACGGAACCAAGUAAGGAUACACGAAAGAGUGAAGAUGACCCUUUUCAGUCCAAAGAUGAGGACAAGGUGAAGAGGGUGUCCAUUGGGAAAACCGUCAUCUCCGCCGAACCUUCACCGAAGGGGUCUCUUACGGAACAGGAAGACAAGAACGUUGAAGAGCAAGCCGAGGCUCAGCUUCAGAACGAAGUCCGGAAGUCCAUGGAAAUAAAGGUAGAAGAGAAGCAGGUGCACCAGCGAUCAGUCUCCACACCAGAGACAGUACCACCGAGGAAGAGGGACGCGAGAUUAAGUCUGGCGAUCCCCGGCGCGUUUGAAUAGACACACCCCUCGCAUUCCGGGUUUUAAAUAUCGAAGCAUAACUCAGGGACCGGUUUCAGUUAUCAGCCGCGACAGGACGGAAAGACGACUUUCAAAGUAUCCGCAUUAUCUU